GGCGGUCCCUAGCCCGCAGUUUGGGAACCGCUGCCCCGGAGUGGCCGACCUCCGCUCUCCGGCUCUCUGCCUCCGACUCCGCCUCUCUCGGCAGCAGCACACGAGCGACCGACUCCCCAGCCUGCCUGCCGCCACCCCGAAGCCCCCUCCAGCUCCAGCCUGCAUGCAAACUUCCCAAACCGGAUUCCACGUCGCUGUCCCAACGUGAACCCACCACCACUCUCACGCCAAAUGAACUCGUAGUUUUGCCGGAAGAAAAAACUUGGAAAGUACAAUAGGCAGGAGUAAAGCUGUGUCGGAGAAGUUUUUCCUCUUUGCCCCCAGAUUUCGGCCCCGCGGCGGGGCAGGACAGCAAGGGCAGGCCGGGGGGAAAAGCAAACCGUAGGAUGUGGAUCUGGUACCUUCUGCUUGGUUCGGGGUCAGGCUCAAGAACUGUUGAGAGCCAGCUGCUCCCAGGGAAUAACUUCACCACAGAGUGCAAUAUCCCUGGAAAUUUCAUGUGUGGAGAUGGGAAGUGUGUCCCAGGUGGGUGGCAGUGCGACGGAUUGCCCGACUGCUUUGACAAGAGCGACGAGAAAGGCUGUCCUAAGGUCAAGUCAAAGUGUGCCCCCACAUUCUUCGCCUGUGCUAAUGGCAUCCACUGCAUCAUCGGACGCUUUCGCUGUAACGGCUUCAGUGACUGUCCUGAUGGGAGUGACGAGGAGAACUGCACAGGAAACCCACUGGUGUGCUCGGAGGCUCGCUUCAAGUGUCGAAACGGCCACUGUGUAGACCGCAGCUUCUUAUGUAACGGCCAGGACAACUGUCAGGACAACAGUGAUGAGGAACUGUGCCUAACUACAGCAGAGGCUCCGGGACAGGACUUUGUCACCCUGGACUACCGUCUGCGCUACUACCCCAGCAUCACCUACGCCGUCAUUGGCAGCGCCGUUAUCUUUGUCCUGGUGGUGGCAUUGCUGGCAUUGGUGCUCCAUCAUCAAAGGAAGCGGAGCGUCUUGCUGCCCAGAGGUGUAAGAGGGGGCUCGCACCACCACCACCACCAGCCCCUACUGUUGUCCCGUCUGGUCAUUUUGGACCGCGGCCACGUCCAUCAUGGAGGUCCAGGUCUUUCCCCUGGCUCCCCCACUGCGGCAGGCCAGUUCAGCUCAACUCCUCAGGCGCUACAGCUGCUGUCUGGGACCCUUUAUCCCUCUGGACUCUCCAUGGACUCACCUCCAUCAUACUCGCAAGCCGUUUUGGAUGUCAGUCGGCCACCCUGGUUUGAUCUCCCUCCUCCCCCAUACCUCUCAGAAGGGGAGCUUCCAUCAGAGGGUGAGCUGCCUCAAUAUGAUGGCCCACAAGACCCUCCAAGCAACCCCACAGCACAUCCCUCAGCGCCCUCCACACCCAGAACUGUGGCCUCGGGCACACAGCCGAGUUUGAGCUCCAGAGAGGAGUCAGACCAGCUGUAGCCGCUCUCUUGAUACAAAACAAGGUAGAACUCAGAGACUGCAGGACAAAAGGACCAGGCUGCUGGGCCUCGUGAGGCCAGGACAGUCCACAGCAAAGACAAGGACUAAGACUGUUGUCUAAAAAAUGUCCUAAAAUUGCUGCCUACACAUGAGCUUACUGAAGCGCUGGACUGAGAUGAGCUCAUCCUGCUAGACUGAUCUUGUAUGCUGGCUCCCCCUGCCGGGGUCAUGGCUGCACUACACCUUAAUCAGUUCGUGAAUUUCUCAUCCAAUCAAUUCUGAUGAAUUAUGCUCCCCUUGAAGAAAUACUGUGUGAUGCCCAACAGUGACCACAUCCUGCAUCUCCAAAGGAACAGGAUUUAAACUGCCGUUUAGAAACAUAUCACAUAUGAUUACAGCAAAAUGUGGCACCUGACAUGGACAUUAUAUCUUAUAGUAUAAUCAUGAUAGACUGAUGUUAUUCUUCUUUGUGUUACACGCAGACACAAAGUCCUUCAACACUUUGAAAUAAUCCUCACUGCCUGUAUUUCACAUCUAUAAUAUUUUCCAUCAUGGGGUUUAUAAGAGAUCUUUAGAGUAUUAAAAUUGUUAAAUACCUGAAUGCUGGACAAAAUCUGUACUAUUGAAAAUUAUUGCUACAUUUGACGACUUACUGUUCUUAGAUCAUUUUAGUCAUGGCAGGAUGAUGCCUUACUCUUACUGAAGUUGGUACACUUUUUAAAAUGAAGACGGUGCAGAAGUGUUUUGUAAUUUUUAAUAGUUUAACAGAAACGCAUAUAGUUGAGAGAAGCUCAAUCAGAGAUACUCAAACAUUUACAUCUGGGUUUUUUUUCAGUGUUGUGCAAAAGAUGACCUGAUAUUAUCACUACAUUCAACCGGUUAUAUUAACAUUUUGUAACUUCUUAAACGGUACUUUAAAUUAAGCCCAUAUUAGUGAAGUUCCACAGAAUUGAGAAAGAUUCAAGAGGUAUUUCUAGAUGAGCAGUGGCAAUCUUGUGCUUUUUUUUCAUGAUAUUUCCCAGACUAUUUCUUGUUGUCAUGUGGUUAAUUUCAAACUAAAAAAUAUGAAGAGGACCAUAGCGAU